AUGAUAUGGAAAGGAGGAGGCGACGUCGGUCAAUGGGAGGACGAACCUUACCACAGGCAUGUUGCCGUUUUUGUGAUUUCACCGCAAGGAAGGUUUAGGGCUUCGAGAUGGAGGAGGAGAAAGGUGGUGAAACGAUGGAAGAGCUUGCGAAAAAUGGUUCAGACCAUCCCUGUGAUCCUCUAUUGGUUUCUUUUGGUAUUCUAUAAUUUGUUAAGGGUUUAUGGGAAUGCUGAAGGUGAUGUAUUGUGGGUCCUAAAGGCACAAUUAAGCGAUCCUUGGAAUGUUUUGCAAAGUUGGGAUCCUACUACUGUAAGUCCAUGUACUUGGUAUCAUGUUACCUGUGACAGUUGGAAUGGAUCAGUUACUAGAGUUGAUCUUCAAAACGCAGGCUUGUCUGGUCAGUUAGUUAAGCAGCUUGGUCAACUUACAUACUUACGGUACUUGGAGCUUUAUGGAAAUAACAUCUCUGGAAAAAUUCCAGAAGAGCUUGGAAACUUAACAAAUUUGAUGAGCAACCUUAAAAAACUCCGUUUCCUUCGUCUCAACAACAACAGUUUGACAGGAACUAUUCCAGUUUCGUUAACUGGAAUCGAUUCGCUCCAAGUUCUUGAACUAUCAAACAACAAUUUGAGCGGAGUUGUGCCUUUCUAUGGCUCCUUUAUGCGAUUCAUGCCCAACAGUUUUGCCAAUAAUCCCGACUUGACACUCGUGGUUGUUCCACAAGCUCAAGCUCCUUCACAAUCUCCUUCAGUGGGCAACAACCACACUGGAGCUAUUGUCGGAGCUAUUGCUGCUGUUGUUGUUCUCUUUGUUGCACUUGCUUUGUGGCGGGACAGAAAACAACAACUACAAGUUGAUUCUUUUACGUUUUUAGCUGAGGAGGACCCCAAAGUUCAUCUGAGACAACUAAAGACGUUUUCUCUACGUGAACUACAAGCUGCAACCCAUGAUUUUAGCAACAGAAACAUUCUUGGUGAAGGUGCAUUUGGUAAAGUUUACAAAGGAUUGUUGGCUGAUGGUUCUCUGGUGGCUAUUAAGAGACUCACAGAUCAUGUUCAUGGUGGUGAAUUGCACUUCCAGAAGGAGGUUGAGAUAAUAAGCAUGGCGGUGCACCGGAAUCUUCUUAGGCUGCAAGGAUUUUGCAUGACAUCAACCGAACGGUUGCUUGUUUAUCCAUACAUGGCCAAUGGCAGUGUUGCAUCUUUUCUAAGAGAUCGACCAGAUAGACAACCUGCACUUGAUUGGCCGACCAGGAAACAAAUUGCACUUGGAUCCGCAAGGGGCCUUGCCUAUCUGCAUGAUCAUUGUGACCCUAAGAUCAUUCACCGUGAUGUGAAAGCCUCAAAUAUCUUGUUGGAUGAGGAGUUUGAAGCAGUUGUCGCAGACUUUGGAUUGGCGAAACUCAUGAACUACAAUGAUACUCAUGUUACAACAGCCGUUUGUGGUACAAUUGGACACAUAGCGCCUGAGUAUCUAUCCACUGGGACAGAAAAAUCCGAUGUUUAUGGGUACCGGGUGAUGCUUCUGCAACUCAUCACCAGGCAACAGGCCUAUGAUCCUACUCGCCUUGCCAAUAAUCACAACGAUGUCAUGUUGCUUGACUGGGUGAAAAGACUUUUAGAAGAUAAGAAGUUGGAGAUGCUGGUGGAUGCGGAUUUAGAAGGUAACUAUUUGAAGGAUGGAGUAGAAGAGUUGAUUAAGAUAGCUCUAUUGUGCACACAAGUCACACCGUCAGAGCGACCCAAGAUGUCAGAAGUUGUGAAAAUGCUUGAAGGUUUUGGUUUAGCUGAGCGGUGGGAGGAGUGGCAGAAAGGAGAGAUUUUCCUACAAGAUUUCAGCCAGGAACACAAUCUGAAUAUCGAUUGUGUUAUUGUGGAUUCCACUUACAUCCUUAGCAACGAUCAAUUAUCUGGUCCUAGAUGAUCGGAUCCCUGUUUGGUUUUUCGAUGUGGAUACAUUUUUACUUUUUAUGUAAAACUAGGUGUGAAACCCGUGUAUUACACGGGUUGAUUAAGGCUGUAUUUGGCGCGCCACAGCUAGCUGAUAAGCUAGCUUAUUUUCGAGCUUUUUUAUGUUGUUGUGUUUGGUAAGCCAAAAAGUAG